AUUAGUUGCACAGAUUUCCUAUGUCCUAUUUAUGAUUUAUUUAACAGGACGUCACAAUGUCUGAGGCGUAAGUAUCUAUUUAGUCAUGUCUAAUUUCCAGCACAAGUUUCAUCAAAUGUUUCACUGAUUUUUCCCCCCAAACUUUGAUCACUUUCUUGUCAUCUUUCUCAACAAUAUUCUACAACUCAAGAAUGAAACUGAAACCCAAGAUUUCGGCAUCACGAAGGUUGUUCCUGAAGACUAAAAUCCUGAAGCAGGCAAGGUCACUGCUUGCAACUGAGAAGGUAGAGAAACAGAGGGAGAGAGAAAGAGUCCUGAGUGAGACAAUUUCUCCUCUGGUACUCUCUGGCUUUUCGUUGCAGGAGCUACAGACAUUAUGUAGGGAACUCCACCAAAAGAGUGACGCAAUAGAUGAAGAGAGAUAUGACAUUGCAGUCAAAGUGGGCAAAAAUGACAAAGAGAUUGCAGAGCUGUCCCAUAAAAUUUCUGAACUCAAAGGGAAAAUGAAGAGACCUGCCCUGAAGAGGGUGAAGAUUUCGGCUGAUGCCAUGCUGGGCGCUCUUCUGGGAGCCAAAUUCAGGGAGUCAGUGGACUUUAAGGCCAACCUCAAAACAGUCAAGAAAGAGGAAGAGAAGAAAGAGGAGGUGACUGACUGGCGUAAGAACGUGGAGGCCAUGUCUGGUAUGGAGGGCAGGAAGAAGCUGUUUGACGCUGGGCAAUAAAACCUACACUACUCUUUUUCAACACUGUUUUCUCUAAAUAAAUGUUUUUAAAUGUACAUCAACAUCGAUUUUAGUCUUGUAUGAUUAUUCCUGUGAUCAUUUGUUCACACUGCUGUAUACAUUCUCUUCUGGAUGAUCACAAGUUAAAAGAAAAAUUCAACCCAAAUGACUUGUCAAUAUUAUAAUUAAUAUCUAAUCAUCAAGGCAUCCAAGAUUUAUUUCAUGACUCAAUCCUGAGCUUUUUGUCAUCCACAUGUUAGUCUAUUUUCAUUUUGGUUAAUGGUUUCCUAUAUUACUCACAAUGCUGAUCAACUGCAGGUUCAUAGUGUUCCACACAGGAAUUGAGCUCUACCUAAACAGAGCAAUG